AUGUGAUACUGCCUGUCAGCUGACACGGAAGUAAACUCACACUUUUUCAUUGAACAGCUCAGGCGAUCUCCGCCUCAAAGUAGCUUUUAUAAACAUUUUUAAUUGCUUGAAUGCUGUUGCUUGUGUAUCUAUAACAUGAGUUCUCGCGUGGCCGCGCUCAUCUUUACGCUCCUCUGCGUGUUGUCCAUCGGCGCCGCGCAACACCUGGACACAGUAGAGUGGCUAUCAGACGGUUCAAGCGGAUCCGUGGAGCUUCAGCAAGAAUCCAACAGCACCAACUCAUCUGAUCUGACUUAUGGAUUCAUAUCCUGCGCUGUAGCAGUAGUCUUCUAUGGGAGCAACUUCGUACCAGUGAAAAAAAUAGACACUGGUGAUGGUAUGUUUUUCCAGUGGAUUCUAUGUGCUGCUAUAUGGACAGUCUCCCUAGUGGUAAACAUCAUUCUGCAUAGUCCAAAGUUUUGGCCUCUUGCUAUGCUGGGAGGUGCCAUCUGGGCUACUGGUAAUAUAACUGUAGUUCCUAUUGUAAAGACUAUUGGACUCGGUCUUGGUCUUCUUAUAUGGGCUUUGUUUAAUCUGCUUUUGGGUUGGGCCAGCUCACGGUUUGGCUGGUUUGGUAUUGGUGCAGAGACUGUUUCCAAACCAAUACUGAACUCCUGUGGAGCAGGUCUUUGUUUACUUAGUGCCAUUGUUUUUUUCUUUGUGAAGACUGACAUUCAAAGAUCUGCAACAUCUGAAGAAACACCAUUAAUAAUAGACCAUGCUGUGAACGCAGAAACUGUGGUAACAACGGAUGAUUCCUGGGUGGAUGCAUUAAGACCACGCAACAAACGUCUUGUUGGAACAUUUCUUGCUGUUGUGGCUGGACUGCUGUAUGGAUCAUCAUUUGUUCCAGUUCUGUAUAUUAAAAAUCAUGCAUCAGAUCCAAACAGCCAAUACAGUGGGGCUAGCCAGUUUGAUCUGGAUUAUGUCUUUGCACAAUAUAGUGGGAUUUUCCUAACUAGUACAGUGUAUUUCCUCCUGUACUGUGCCAUCAAAAAAAACAGACCUCAAGUUUUUUCUAGAGCAGUACUGCCAGGAUUCCUUUCUGGCAUUAUGUGGGGUGUAGCCACAUGCUGCUGGUUUCUUGCCAACCACUACCUCAGCCCUGUAGUGAGCUUCCCCAUUAUCACAACAGUUCCUGGAUUGAUUGCAGCUCUUUGGGGUGUUGUUGUGUUCAGAGAAGUGAAGGGCUGUCGAAAUUACAUUGUCCUCAUCAUUGCUUUCUGUCUUGUUUUAUCUGGGGCAUUAUUGACUGCAUUUUCAAAGGUUUAAAGGUCUUGUUUUAUUUUAGACAAGCAAAAAUGCAAAGGAAAAAAAAACAGGUUUAGUUUUAACAUUUUAGGUUUAUCUUUUAAAAUCACUUCUGAUGUUUUAAAUAUUGCAAAUUAGAUUUAUCAUGCAUUUUAUACAGGUUAUGCAGCUACAAAAACCUGAACAUACUGAAGAACAAUAUUGUUUAUAUCAGGGAGGGAUAUGGUCCUAAAAUAUAUAAGAUACUUGAACUGUUACAGCAAUAUCAGCACAGAUGUUAUGUUAAAUGUUUUUUUUUUUUAUUUUUGUUGUAUUCGCAUUAACACACUUUUUAGAAGUCAUGUUUACACUGUAAUGGACCUCAUUUUACUGUAUGUUUGCACAUGUAAUGGUUGUUUUUUUGAUACUGAUGCAUUUACUGCAGGAUAAAUGGCAAAUGAACCUUGACAAUGCAUAUUUUCUCUCCAAAUUCUUCUUUUGUAUUUCCAGUUAUUCUCAAUGGUGAUUCUCAGUAUUGUAAUAGAGUAUUUUAUUUUUCUGUAUAUUAAAUUUAAGUCUGAGGUGUUUUUUUUCCCCUCAGUGAUUUUUGCAUUACAAUAAUCGGGGGGAAAUAUCAUGAAUGUCACCAUGCAAAAAAAGUUAAUGGUUUUAAAAGUAGGCUUUAUUUUCUUUAUAUAUAACAUGUUAUGAAGUUUCUUUUUUUCUUUUAUUUGAUUUUGUAAUGAAAAGUCAUGACAUUUUGUAAUGCUCUUUACUAGUUUAACCUAUUUAUUGAUAAACAGAUUAUAAUAGGUUAUUUCAUUGCUGCCAAAUUUUGUCACAGGCCUUAGUUUUUUUUUUUUAUUUGUUUUGUACUUUAUUAAAAGGGAAAUAAAAAUUCAGUCACAAAUGCAAAGAAUUUGUGAGUUUAUGGAUUUGUGGGUAGUUGAAA